CAGCCUUUUUGAGUUCUCUGGAAUCACAAUUUCACUAAAAAACUUUCCCAUCUUUCCUCCAUUUUUCAAAUUCAAAUGCAUUUUUAAAUCUUAAUGCAACCCUGAGUUCAGAUAUUUUCUUGUAUCGCUACACAAUUUUUUGAGGAGUUUUGUUAUAAAAUUAACUUAAAAUUGUUUAAACAAAACAAUGGUGCGAACAGUUAAGGAAACUGGCUUUGUUGUCGAAAAGAUUGUCGACAAACGAAUUACACCAGAAGGGAAAGUCGAAUAUUAUAUUAAAUGGCGUGGAUACCCUAGUGCCGAGAAUACUUGGGAACCUGAGGAGAAUUGUGAUUGUCCAGCUUUAAUACAAAAGUUUGAAGAGUCCAGAGCUAAGUCAAAGAAACGUGGUGAAAAGAAACCCAAGGUCGAGGAAAUUCUAAAACCGCGAGGCUAUGAACGUGGUUUAGCAAUGGAACAAAUUGUUGGGGCAACUGAUGAAACCGGUGACGUAUCUUACCUAAUUAAAUGGCAGUUUUGCGAUGAGCUCGAUUUGGUUGCCGGAGAGGAAGUAAGGCAGAAGAACCCAGAGUUCGUUAUUGAUUUUUUUGAGAGGCGCUCACCAUUCCAACGUGUUAUAAACGAGCGACUGUUGGGUGUUCCAGACGAAUUACGUGUGAUGAAUAUGAAUGAACAACAUACACCUUCAGGCAAUCCUGAUGUAACAACUGCCACUGUCGAAAAUGCUGCUGCUGAUGGAGCCGAUACAUUAAUGACGGGCGAUUUAAACCACCCGAACGAAAAUGAAAGCUCCGGCAACGUUGAUAGUGCCGCUGUAUCCUAUUCUAUUCCAGUGCCUGGAGUUGGAAAUAUAGCAAUUGACGUACCAAUUUUAGAUAGUUCAGCACUAUGAAUAUAUAUCAAUAAAUACGUAUAAUAUAUUUUUAAAACAAAAAAUAUUAAAAGUAAUUUUGGUAAAUGUAAUUUUACUGAUAUUUUUACAAAUUUAUAAAUAUAUGCAUAUAAAUGUUUCCGAAAAUA